AUGAGUGGACUUCGAGACAAUUUCCAGCCAGUCCUGGCCGAAGAUGCCCCAAGGUCGCAAAGCAAUGUCGAGCGCCGAGACUCUGGUCCACUGAAGGACAUUAUUGCUCAACAGGACAGUCUUUACAAGUACAUCAGCUGGGAGGAUCCCGCACGAACUAUCGGAUCAUACUUUGCCGCCUUAGGCUUUAUGCUCGCCGUCCACAACAUGCACCUCACCCAGCUGGUUCUCAAGACUAUGGCAAUUGGCCUUGGAGUGAUGUCCAUGGCCGAGUUCGCUGGUCGUUCCUUUGGGCCCAACAACUUUGUGUCUCGCAUGCGACCCCGACAGUACAAGACUGUCCCAGAAUCGACUCUCAACGCUACCCUUAAGGAUAUCCAUGACCUCAUUCAGUAUUCCGUUGUGCAAGCCCAGAAGGUUAUCUUUGCCGAAGACUUGGAGAAGACCUUUGGUGCAUUCGUUGCAACUGGAUCGCUUUACUUCCUUAUCCAAUUCAUGACCCCAUUCGGCAUCGCUAUUCUCGGAUUGACCACCAUCUAUAUCAUCCCUCUCGUCACUUCACCACGAGGACGAGGCAUCGCCCGAGAUGGCAUGGCUCGUGCUCAAGAGAUCAGCAACGCAGCCGUUGACCAAGCUAACUCUAUUGCCCAAGACCCCAAGGGCACCAUGGCUAACAUUUCUUCCAUGGCCCAAGAUACCGCUGGUAACUUGAGACAGCGCGCUGUCAACAUGGUUCCUGGUUCAAAGCAGACUGAGAACGGAGCUGAUGUUACUUCAACUGUUCAUCACAGUGCUUCUGGACCCACUCAGGCCAGAGAUAUUUCCUCCAAGUUCCCUCAAGAUGACUCCAAGUCUUCUGAGCAGUCGAAGCAUCUUGCGUCCAUGGGCUCUCGUGGUAUUUCAGGUAGCUUCGACCGAUCACCAAUCAAAACUGUUCACGUCGACCCAAAUCCGUCCAAGGACUUCUCCCAGAGCAGUUUUGACAGCUCUUCUUCCCAGUCCAAGGACACUCCAUCUACCUUCUCCCAUGGCACCACUGAUGAUUUCCCCUCCAACACGCAGCCCACUCUUGGCAAGUCCGAGGAGAAUACUCCUAGCUUCUCCCAAGGCGCAACUGGAAGUCUUCCUUCCUACGGACAAGCUACCUCCAGCAAGCCUCAAGAUAUCACCCCUAGCUACAUGUCCAGCAAGGCAAAGGAAGCUACCUCUGGUUAUUCCUCUAGCCGCCCAGAUGACAAAACCUCUAGCUUUGGUUCCAGCAUGAACAAGGAUAUGUCUUUAGGCUUUUCCCAUGGCACCACCGACGACUUCUCAGCUUCCAGCAAGACCAGCUCCAACUUCCCUCCUAGCAAAGACCAGGAUAUGCCCGACUACGCUCAGCACCGAAAAUCUGUCAACUACUCCAAGUUCCCUCACGUCAGCGGCGACAGCUCCGGCAUGCAGUCUGCUACGAACAAACAGUCUGGCUCUAGUACCCUCUUUGGUAACCAAGCUCCUACUGGAAAGAAGCCUUCCAUCGACGAGACCAACUAUUCACUCCAGAACACAAGAGACAUGACUUCGGACUAUCAGCACUUCGUUCCCCGUGAGGCUCCCAACCGUGGAAUGCUUGGCUCUCAGGGCGAUACCUCAAUGGGUAAGAUGCCUCUUGGUGAGCUGAUCGAUGAGAAGGAGCAGGCUGGAAACAAGGCUCCGCCGAUCUCUGGUGGUGGCCUGAAUGCCAUGAAGUAG